AUGUUCCUGGUUUUCAGUGAUUAUCAAGAGUGCCACCUGACGCCACGCGUUGAAGGCCUUCUCUCAGAACUCUCGAUUCGUCUUCAGUCUCAUCAAUUUACAACUUAUCUCCAUUUUGUUCAUCAGCUACUCUCUGGUCUGGUAAAUAUCGUUUUCACCGAGUGUGACUCUUCACAUUCAACACCCCCACUAACUCCUGGAAGUAUGGAUUCAAUUCAAGGCGUAUCAUCUAGGAGCAGUCCUUUAAUCGGCAGUUUGACAGAAGUGAGCUGUGCUCGGGAUGUCUACGCCCGCAUUUUGCCAUGGCUACAGGAUAGAAUCAGUCGACUUACACCCCCGACACCAACAAAGUGGCCAUGUGAGAGCAUAGUUCAUAUCAGAGAGAAUUCGUAG